UUUCAGUCUUACAGGUUUAACAGUUUCAGGAAUGCAGCAAGGGAUAUGCAAAAGUACAGAUGUGAUUAUCCAGACCUAUGCGGGCAAGAAGAAGAUGAUAGGCGUAUGCCUAAUUUACAGUUCUUUCGUGGACAGAGGGCCUCCUCCCCUGAUGGUGUCUACAUUGAGGACUUUCACAAUAACUGGUAUGGGAAGUAUUCAAAACUGGAAGCUGUUCAUUCAUACAUCCAAUGGGUGUUCCAUCUUCAAGAACGAGGAAUGAAUUAUCAAGCCAAGGAACUCACCAAGAAGGAAAUUGAGGCUUUUCUUGAAGAUGAAACUGUGAAGAAGAAGCUGGUCAAGUCGUACAAGCUCAUGCUGGACUUCUACGGCAUACAGAUGUCAAAUGACACAACAGGGGAAGUGCGAUGUACUAAUAAUUGGCGUGACAGAUUUGACAACAUGGACAGACAUACACACAACAACCUGCGCAUCACCCGCAUCCUGAAGUGCCUGGGCACUCUGGGGUUCCCCCACUACCAGGCCCCACUGGUCCGCUUCUUCCUAGAGGAAACUCUUGUUAAAGGCAAGCUGUACAAAGUGAAGGAGAGCGUGCUCAACUACUUCAUCUUCGCUUUCCGUGAUCAGCAACAACGCAGGGAAUUAGUUAAGUAUGCCUACGAGAACUAUGAGGCCAAACAUGAGUUUGUGUGAUGCCCUAAGAAAAUCCAGAAUAUUUUCUCAAACAGAGAAGCAGUCUCAGAUAAUAUGCAACUAAUGGCAGGCCAGUCCCAGAAUGGUGACUACUCAGAUAACAGUGAUGAUACAGUUGAAGUCGGAAGUUUACAUACACCUUAGCCAAAUACAUUUAAACUCAGUUUUUCA